CCUCCUCCCGCCCUCGCCCCGCCACCGCCGCCGCCGCCGCCGCCGCAGCACCGGCCGCCCCCGGAGAGUCUGAGGAGGCGCGGGCCGCUGCAGGCUCCGGCGCCGCAGCGCGCGGGCCCAAGUCCCGGACGAGGCCCAGGGAGCCACUCGCCCCGACCCCGCCGCCCCAUGUCCUCAAGAUGGAGGCAGCGGGGGCGGCGGCGUGAAGAAAGCGGCGCUGUGGGCGCGGGAGCAGGGGUCCCGGCGGCCGGGGCGGCGGCGGGGGCGGGAUGGGGCUGCUGCUCAUGAUCCUGGCGUCGGCCGUGCUGGGCUCCUUCCUCACGCUGCUCACCCAGUUCCUGCUGCUGUACCGCAGGCAGCCCGAGCCCCCGGAGGACGAGGCGGCCCGCGCGGGCGACGGCGUCCGCUACAUCAAGCCGGUGCCGGGCCUGUCCCUGCGGGAGUACCUCUAUGGCGGCGGCGGGGCUGAGGAGCCCUCCUGCGGGGCGCCCGAGGGCGGCGCGACCCCGGCCCCCGAGGCCCCCGCCCCGCCGACGCGGGAGACCUGCUACUUUCUCAACGCCACCAUCCUGUUCCUGUUCCGGGAGCUGCGGGACACCGCGCUGACCCGCCGCUGGGUCACCAAGAAGAUCAAGGUGGAGUUCGAGGAGCUGCUGCAGACCAAGACGGCUGGGCGCCUGCUGGAGGGGCUGAGCCUGCGGGACGUGUUCCUGGGCGAGACGGUGCCCUUCAUCAAGACCAUCCGGCUCGUGCGGCCCGUGGUGCCCUCGGCCACCGGGGAGCCCGACGGCCCCGAGGGGGAGGCGCUGCCCGCCGCCUGCCCCGAGGAGCUGGCCUUCGAGGCGGAGGUGGAGUACAACGGGGGCUUCCACCUGGCCAUCGACGUGGACCUGGUCUUCGGCAAGUCCGCCUACCUGUUCGUCAAACUGUCCCGGGUGGUGGGGAGGCUGCGUUUCGUCCUCACCCGCGUGCCCUUCACCCACUGGUUCUUCUCCUUCGUGGAGGACCCGCUGAUCGACUUCGAGGUGCGCUCCCAGUUCGAAGGGCGGCCCAUGCCCCAGCUCACCUCCAUCAUCGUCAACCAGCUCAAGAAAAUCAUCAAGCGCAAGCACACGCUGCCCAAUUACAAGAUCAGGUUUAAGCCGUUUUUUCCAUACCAGACCUCGCAAGAAUUUGAAGAAGAUGAAGAGCAUAUACAUAUACAGCAAUGGGCACUUACUGAAGGCCGUCUUAAGGUGACCUUGUUAGAAUGUAGCAGAUUACUCAUUUUUGGAUCCUAUGAUAGAGAAGCAACUAUUCAUUGCACGCUUGAGUUGAGCACCGGUGUUUGGGAAGAAAAACAAAGGAGUUCUAUUAAGACGGUUGAAUUAAUAAAAGGGAAUUUACAAAGCGUUGGACUUACACUUCGCCUUGUUCAGUCAACUGAUGGAUAUGCUGGGCAUGUCAUAAUUGAAACUGUGGCCCCAAACUCACCUGCUGCAGUUGCAGAUCUUCAGCGGGGAGAUCGACUCAUUGCUAUUGGAGGUGUAAAAAUUACAUCAACACUGCAAGUGCUGAAGCUUAUCAAGCAGGCUGGUGACCGAGUCCUUGUGUACUACGAAAGGCCCGUUGGCCAGAGUAAUCAAGGUACUGUGCUGCAAGACAAUUUUGGCCAGUUGGAAGAAAACUUUUUGUCAAGUUCAUGCCAACCAAGUUAUGAAGAGGAAGCUGCAGGACUGGCAGUGGAUGGUGAAAAUAGAGAUCUGGAUUCUGAAUUUGAAGACUUGGCAAGUGAUGUCAGAGUACAAAACGAGUUCAAAGAUGAGACACAGGCACUAAGUCACAGUCCCAAACGCACUCCAACAACACUUACUAUUAAACCUCUUGGCGCUAUAUCCCCAGUUUUAAACCGUAAAUUAGCUGCAGGAAGUCACCCACCACCAAAAAUUCCAUCCAAAGAAGGAAAUAAACCGCUAGCCCUAAAAACUUCUGAGGUACUAGACUCAGCACAAGUGUCAAAACCCACCCAAGGAUCCACUUUCAAACCACCUGUGCCACCACGACCACAAUUAAAAGUUCCUUUGCCUUCUGCUGACACCCCAAAUCAGGCAGAACCAGACAUUCUUGUUGAAAAGCCAGAGAAGGUGCUUCCUCCUCCUCCUCCUCCUGCAGAUAAAUCUGAAAAGCAGGCAAAAACUGUGGAUCACGUAGAAGAUGUGACUACAUCCAAGCAGUUUACAAAGCAAGAAGUGACUAAAGAUUUUACUUCAGAAAGUUCCUGCCCUACUAAAGACAGUUCGGAUGACCAUCAGAUGUGGGAAUCAUCAGAAAUUCUUUAUCGGAAUAAGCUGGGAAAGUGGACAAGAACCAGAGCAUCCUGUUUGUUCGAUAUAGAAGCAUGCCACAGAUACCUGAAUGUUGCACUGUGGUGCAGGGAUCCUUUCAAGUUAGGGGGUCUCAUCUGUUUGGGGCACAUUAGUUUAAAACUUGAAGAGGUGGCUUUAGGAUGCUUAGCCACAUCAAAUAUGGAAUACCUUUCAAAAUUCAGGCUGGAAGCCCCUGCACCUAAGGCCAUGGUCACUAGAACUGCAUUACGCAAUCUGAGUAUGCAAAAGGGCUUCAAUGACAAAUUUUGCUUUGGUGACAUUACUAUUCACUUCAAAUAUUUGAAGGAAGGAGAACCAGACCACCAUGUAGUCACUAAUAUAGAGAAAGAAAAAGAAGUCCAUUUGGUUGAAGAAGUUUCUACCCUCCCUAAAGAGGAGCACUUUGUUGGACAGAUGGGUUCAUCAGAAAAUAAGCAUAGUUUCCAGGAUACUCAGUUCCAAAACCCAACUUGGUGUGAUUACUGUAAAAAAAAAGUUUGGACAAAAGCAGCUUCCCAGUGUAUGUUCUGUGCUUAUGUUUGCCAUAAAAAAUGUCAAGAAAAGUGUCUAGCUGAGACUCCUCUUUGUGGAGCAACUGAGAGGCGAAUAGACCGAACCCUGAAAAACCUCAGGCUGGAAGGACAGGACCCCCUCUUGGGCCUGUCUCCUCGUGUUGAUGCCGAAGCUAACAAGUCAGUUAAUAAAACAACAGGUUUGACGAGGCACAUUAUUAAUACAAGCUCUCGUUUGCUUAAUUUACGUCAAGUCUCUAAAACUCGCCUUUCUGAACCAGGAACCGAUCUCGUAGAACCUUCACCAAAACACACACCCAACACAUCAGACAAUGAAGGCAGUGACACAGAGGUCUGUGGUCCAAACAGUCCUUCCAAACGGGGAAACAGCGCAGGAAUAAAGUUAGUGAGAAAGGAAGGCGGACUGGAUGACAGUGUUUUCAUUGCAGUUAAAGAAAUUGGCCGUGAUCUUUACAGGGGCUUGCCUACAGAGGAAAGGAUCCAGAAGCUGGAGUUCAUGUUGGAUAAACUACAGAAUGAAAUUGAUCAGGAGUUGGAACACAAUAAUUCCCUUGUUAGAGAAGAAAAAGAGACAACUGAUUCAAGGAAAAAAUCACUUCUUUCUGCUGCUUUGGCUAAAUCGGGUGAAAGACUACAAGCUCUCACGCUUCUUAUGAUCCACUAUAGGGCAGGCAUUGAAGAUAUUGAAACUUUAGAAAGUCUGUCUUUAGACCAGCACUCCAAAAAAAUAAGCAAGUACACAGAUGAUACAGAAGAAGACCUCGAUAGUGAAAUAAGCCAACUGAUAGACUCUCAGCCAUUCAGCAGUAUAUCAGAUGACCUGUUUGGCCCAUCUGAGUCUGUGUAACCGGCAGGCUGUGUCAACUUUCAAAUGAUUGGGGAAAAGAUGCAUCUAAAGUACCAUGGAUACAACCAUGUUUCAGUCCUCUUGUAAUGCACCUCAGCCUGCUUCUCCAGUUAUUUACUUGUAUAAGAACAGGAAUGAAAGUUUGUUUUCCAGUAAAAAUAUGACCAGCUUAAUAAUUGAUUGUUUCAGGUUGCAUUUAUAGCUAUGCUUUUUGGGGGUUUAUACUGGGAAUUUAUUUUUACUAAUUUAUUUUUAACUUUUUCUAAUUAUGUAAGCUAAUUUUUCACAUUUAUGUAUGUGUAGUGUCUCACUGUGUUAUUUUUCCUUCAACUUAGUUUUUGAAUUAGCGUUCAAUAGGAUAUUGUCCAGAUUCUUAGUAUUUUCAUUUCCAUCACGGUUAUAACAACGGGUUUGCUGCAUGCCCAAAUUGACUACAGCAAUCAUUGAGGGAACAGGUUUUGAAUCUUUUUGUUUUGUUUUGUUUUUUUGUUACAAAGUUUGUCGUCUCUACUUGCUUGAGAUUUUUGUUACUUCGGAGUUAUGUGGGGCUUUUUCUUUUGUCUUUGCCAAAUAUAAUAUGGAAGCAGAUGCUGCAGCUUUAGUCUGUUAUGCCUAUUGAGUAAAAUUAUUUUUAACAUAUAUUGCUUGCUAUCAAUGCUUCUGAGAUUUUUUUCUAAAGCUUGUGUGCAGCUGAAGUAUAGUAGAUAGAUAGUGAUGAAUCUGAAGAGCUUGUAUCAAAAAAAACAAUAAUAGGGAAUAAAUAUAGAAUACAGUUGGUCAAGAAUUUUGUAGAACAAGAUUACUGAAAAAUAGUAGCCAGUAGGGUUUUGAAAUAUUUUUCAAAAUGUCAGUGCUUUCCCUUUAAAUGGAAGUUCUAAGCAUUCAUGAUGGUUUUUUAUCUUCAGUUCUCUCAUAGGAAA